AUGCCUCGCAUCGAAAAUGAGCCUAAGCUUGACUUCAAGGACGUGUUGCUUCGGCCAAAGCGCUCUACUUUAAAGAGUAGAUCUGAUGUUGACCUUGUCCGAGAAUAUGUUUUUCGAAAUUCGAAAAAGGAAUACAGCGGAAUACCUAUCAUUGCGUCGAACAUGGACAAUGUUGGAACCUUUGAAAUGGCUAAAGCUCUGUCUGCUCAUAAAAUGUUCACGACCAUUCACAAGCACUACACGGUUGCUGAAUGGGAACGGUUCCAAAAUGAAGUUCUCGGAUCGGAUGUGUUUAAUCAUAUAGCGGUUUCUUCAGGAAUAUCUGAUAGUGAUUUCGAAAAGCUACGAGCAAUCUGCAGUAUGGUCUCUUGUCUAGACUACAUUUGCAUCGAUGUUGCCAAUGGUUACUCUGAAUGCUUCAUCGAUUUCAUUCGCAAAAUUCGCGAGGAAUUUCCUACGCAUACUAUCCUUGCCGGAAAUGUGGUCACAGGUGAGAUGGUCGAAGAGCUGAUUCUUUCCGGAACUGACAUUGUUAAGGUAGGAAUUGGACCAGGAUCCGUAUGUACCACCCGCAAGAAGACAGGUGUAGGUUACCCCCAAUUGAGUGCAACUUUGGAAUGUGCAGAUGCUGCUCAUGGUUUGAAUGGUCAUGUCAUAAGCGACGGUGGCUGUACAAAUCCCGGCGAUGUCGCUAAAGCUUUCGGAGCAGGCGCAGAUUUUGUGAUGAUUGGUGGACUGUUUGCUGGACAUGAUCAAAGUGGAGGGGAAAUCAUAGAAAAAGGUGGACAGAAAUUCAAGUUAUUUUAUGGAAUGAGUUCGGACACCGCGAUGAAGAAACAUCAUGGAAACGUUGCUGAGUAUAGAGCAAGUGAAGGAAAAACAAUCACAAUUCCAUAUAGAGGUGAUGUAAACAGAACUGUGCAGGAUAUACUUGGCGGGCUCAGAUCUGCGUGUACGUACACAGGGGCAGCGAAACUUAAGGAGCUGGCGAAGCGCACAACAUUUAUAAGGGUAACUCAACAGACGAACGAUAUGUACGUUCCAUUUGAGGUCUAG